AUGGAAGACGAGCCAGAAGUAGAAAAUCAAUAUUUAAGCCAAAUUUUGACAGAGGCAAUACAGUCAGGGGAUCAAAACAAAGCUAAUUCAAUUUUGCAGCUUUUACAAGAAAUUGAUGCGACAAUUGAAGUAAUUGAGCUUGAUGCAGUCCAGUCUCUUCCCGCUCCUCAAUAUCAAAGCGGCCCUGUUGCUAAUGCUGCUCAAGUUAACAGAGGAAAGUAG